AUGUCGUCCGACCUACCAACCGCCGCCGACUCCAGCCGUUCCCCGGCCGCCGACUCCACCCAUUCUCCGGCCGCCGUCACGGAAGCUCCAGCCCCGCCGCAACCCCAGCCGCACCAUGCUCCGCCGUCGCCAUUCAGCCCCGUGCCCGACGAGACGGGAUCCCCAGUCCAUCCCCAUCCCCCACCCCAGCAGCACCACCCUUCGCCGCCGUCCUCCCCUUCCGCGGCCGACGAGACGCAAUCCCCAGUCCAUCCCCGUCCCCAACCCCUCCCGCACCACCCUUCGCCGUCGCCAUUCCCCGCCGUGCCCGACGAGACGGAAUCCCCAGUCCAUCCCCAGCCCCAACCCGAACCGCACCGCCCAUCGCCGUCGUCCUCCCCUACCACGGCCGACCAGACGCAAGCCCUAGCCCAGACCCCUCCGCAACCCCAAGCCCAACCUUCAUCGUCGUCCUCCCCCGCCACGACCGAGACACAAACCCCAGUCCAGCCCCAGCCCCAGCCCCAGCCCCAGCCGGCCCAUUCGUCGCCGCUUCCUUCAGGGGACGACGACGACGUGGUCAUCACGGGAGCAUUCGAUGGAUCAGACGGUGCGGCGGCGGCGGAUGAGCGCGUGAAGGGGCCGUGGUCGCAGGAGGAGGACGCCCUGCUAACCAAUCUGGUGACGAUUCACGGGCCCCGGAACUGGACCCUCAUUGCGCAAGGGAUCGCCGGCCGCUCCGGCAAGUCCUGCCGCCUCCGCUGGUGCAACCAGCUCGACCCUCAAGUCAAGCGCAAACCCUUCACUGAGGAGGAAGACCAAAUUAUAAUGAAUGCUCACACAGUUCAUGGGAACAAGUGGGCAUCUAUCGCCAAGCUUUUGGUUGGGAGAACUGACAACGCGAUCAAGAACCACUGGAAUUCUACUCUGAGGCGCCGCUACUGCACUGAUAGCCGAUGCGCACGAGGUGCUUCUGUGGAGCAACCUAAUACAGAGAUGCCCAGGGCUGUUUCAGCUGAACCGUGGCCAUUAUCGUGUCCUAGUUCCUUCAACGUUACGGAAAUAAAGGAAGCUCCCGUGCAAACGGUAUCUGAAAGCUCUGCUGUGCCAUUGCAAACCAGAGCUAAUAAUAGCAGUCCCUCAAAAAUAAUCAGAGUUAAUAACACUUGUAGCACUGAAGUUGUUGAUCAGCCACACCUGGUCCGACCAGUUGCUGUGCUAGGUGCUUUCAGACCAUACAGUAUUGGACCUGCUCAAUCAACGCAAAUGGAAAGGUCAAGUUCUACCAAGUUUGUCUCAACCAUUCAAGCUGUCACGCCUGAGACUGCGGUUUCCAAGUUUGCUGAUACUACAUGCUUUGCUGCUGACGUGCCAAACAAAUGUGGGCAUGGUUGCUGCGGCACUAAGAAGCGGCCUCGCGGCAACUCAUUGUUGGGUCCUGAGUUUAAUGAGUUUGAAGAUCAUCCCCCAAUUCUGAGCAGUAGUCUUGCUUCGCUGGUAUCUGAAAUUAGCAGCAUUGCCUGGAUGAACAGCAGUUUGCAAAGCAGUGACACUGGCAACUUAUUUCGGUCUAAUCCUUCUCCUGACAAAUUAGGAAUCAUGCGAGUUGGAAUACUGAAAUAUUGGCAAUUGUACUGUUCAGACCUAAUCAAGUCAUCAGGAUUAUACUCCAUCUGCAGAUUCAAAGGUUAUAUACUAGGCAUGGAUGAUGUUGCUUAAGCCGGAGAAAAAAAAAAAGCUGUGCUCCUUCUCCUUAUACACAGGCAGGGUCAUAUAAUCUUUUCAACAUGAAACUUGAAGCCUGUCACCAGCUGGUUGGUUCCGGGACCCUGCGCUGUCUCAAUUAUAUGAUAUGCAUGCUGAAUUGGUGAUAUAAAGAUUCUGUACCUCGUGUGGGGGCGGCCAUGGAUACUGAUUGGAGAGGUGCAUCAAAAUAUUCUGUGCUUUUAACCAAUUAUUAUGAUUUAGAUUAGAUGGAUUAGGUUCCGUUCUUCCCAGCUUCGAUGAUUUGGCAGGGUGAACCCAAGGGCUGACAAUGGGUUCAUAUUUUGCAAUCAAACUUCCAAAUUCUA